UGUGAUCCGGCUGUAGGGAUGAAAAGUUUCUUUGACAUGCUCUCCAAAGAGCCUCUCAAAGUGGUCCUCUUCGGUGAUGCUUGUACAUCGGUAACAGAUCCAAUUGCCAAGGCGUCUGAGUUCUUCCAACUAGUUCAGCUCACAUACGGAGAUACACAUCCGAUGUACACAGUUGAAAACUAUCCCAAUUUCUUUCGAGUUGUUCCAAGUGAAUCAGCGUUUAAUCCAGCUCGUGUAGCAUUGCUCCAACGUUUCAACUGGACUCGAGUAGGUACGAUCUAUCAAAGCUCACCACGUUACGCCUUGCCUCACAGUAAGUUGCUGACGGAUCUGGAAACUGCCAAGAUUGAAAUAGCUGCUCAGCAAAGGUUUGUUAAAGAAGUUCAGUCGGCUGUAUCAAAACUUAAGGAGAAAGACGUUCGUAUAAUUCUUGGCAGCUUCGAUGAACACUGGGCAAGGAAAGUAUUUUGUGAGGCCUAUAAAACUGGACUGUAUGGCAGGAAAUACCAAUGGAUCAUCGUUGGAAUGUAUGAUAAUGAAUGGUGGAAAAAGCACCUCGACAAUCUUACAUGUAGCCAAUUGCAACUCAGGGAAGCCAUGGAAGGCUAUUUGGCAACAGAUAUCUUAUCACUUAGUUCAACCAAUGAUAUCACAGUGUCAGGUCUGACUACAGCGGAAUAUGACGCUCAGUACAAACAACAUUACAGCAGAGGUAACAAUCGUUUCCAUGGUUACGCUUAUGACGGGAUUUGGGUGAUAGCUCUCGCUAUACAAAUGGUGAAGCGGAAGCUUCUCGUUACCGGAAGCUCCAAGACGCUUGAGAUGUUCGAGUACAGAGACCCCUUCUGGGGAAAUCUGUUCCGAGAAGCUUUCAAUAAAACGUCAUUCACUGGGGUCACGGGACCAGUUAGCUUUGUAAAAAACGAACGACGGGGACUUGUGCUUCUUAAACAGUAUCAGAAUGGCGCUGAGGUAAAAGUUGGCGAAUAUGACUCCACUUCCAACAAACUCGAGCUUGUGAAAGACAGGGCGAUAACUUGGAAUGGUGCCAGCGAUCCACCUGUAGACCGUACCCUGAUCGUCAUCAAGCCUACGCGAGUUAGCCUGACAAUCUACUCCAUCAUUGUGACUUUUGCAGUCCUGGGAAUCAUCAUGGCGUCUGCUUUUCUUAUCAUUAACAUAAAGUUUCGAAAUCAAAGGUAUAUCAAGAUGUCCAGCCCGUACCUAAACAAUAUAAUAAUUGUUGGAUGUAUGCUUACUUAUACCAGCGUCAUUCUGUUGGGUCUCGAUAGUGGUUUGACGAGCGAAAAAAACUUUCCGUAUAUUUGUGCCGCUAGAGCGUGGGUGUUGAUGAACGGAUUUACCCUGGCAUUCGGUUCCAUGUUUAGUAAAACAUGGAGGGUUCAUGCCAUUUUUACAAAUAUCAAGUUAAAUAAAAAACCAUCUUCUGAAUACGAAGACUAUGUAAUUAUUCCAGAAAUGGAGUUUUGUAAAAGUCAGAAGAUGACAAUUUUUCUUGGAUCUGUUUACGCCUAUAAAGGACUACUUAUGGCUUUUGGCUGUUUCUUGGCGUGGGAAACUCGGCACGUGAGUAUUCCCGCUCUUAACGAUUCCAAGUAUAUUGGUAUGAGUGUAUACAACGUGGUCAUUAUGUGUGUCGUCGGAGCAGCUAUUUCCUUCGUGCUCAGAGAACAGCAGGAUGCUGCUUUUAUCAUAAUUUCCAUCUUCAUAAUAUUUUGUUCUACUACCACUUUGUGUCUGGUAUUCGUGCCCAAGCUUAUUGAACUUAAAAGAAUGCCCAAAGCAGAAAAUAGGCGUGUGCGAGCUACACUGAAACCCUUCAAAAAGUCCCACAGAGACUCGGAAGACUUUGAAUUCCAUAGCCAAAUCAAACUUCUUCAUGAUGAAAACUAUCGUUAUAGACAAAUGUUGGAGGAGAAAACUCUCGAACUACAAGCUCUAAUGGCACGUUUAAAGGAAAUGGAUGAACCUUUAAUCAUAGUUACCCAUAGUCUGACGUCACCAGUCCCUGAAAACUCUUCGUCGACGGCUGAUGGAAACUGUGAGGACAUCCAAGUUGUAGUUCCAGUUCUUUGUCAAAACAGAGACAUCUCCAUGGUAUCCAGGUCUCCGUCUCCUGAAGAACUAAAUACAUCUCUAGAGGAAUACCAUCCUCUUAGGAGAUUGUCUUCGGUAUCGUUAAAAUUAGCUCUGGUUCCCACUGGUGUUCAAAACAUUUCUACAAGCAGCAGAACAGGGUCCAGUCCUGAUGCAGAAGUGUUAUAUAUAGAACAUCAAGAAACCUUAGACGUCGGGACUUCUUCCUUCGUUCAACUUCAUCCGUUAACCCUUGUGGACGAAUUUAGUCAAAUCGUUAGAUUCAUGGACUCGGAAAGUGGCAGUGAAUCUGCCGAUUCACAUAAUGAUUUUCCUGUCCAUUUCAAAUACGCACCCACGAAAUCAGAUGAUGUAUCUUAUGAUAACGCUAUGUACCACAAGAGGGCUCAAACAAAAAGUGUUUUUUCGUCGCUUGAAGAAGACACAGAUGGGAGCGAAGACGUAAAUCUAUGUGAAGAAAGCGAUUCCUGUCGACCAUUUAGAGUAAGAAUUCGUCGACGAACGAAAAGCCUCGGAACCUUACGGUCAGAGGCAGUACCUCAAAGUUUUACAAGAGAUGAGGCAGAUGUUUCUGUCAUCCAAGAAUGUCGAAUCGAUUCCCAAACGUUUGGUCCAUCGUUUCCAUACUUCAAUAGGCUCAUAACUAAUCACGCCCGCCAGAGGACAGGCACCAAUGAUAACAACGCGCCCCUAUAUUCGUCUUUCCCCUCAAUCAAAUGUGAUAUAGUAGAAUACUUAUGAUUUUUUUCUGACCAGUUUAUUUGAAAUUCCAAUUUUCUACAAACAAAUCAGCGCCUUCCUAGACAGGAAUACUAUUCGUCGAUAAACAAUAUUCGAUUGUUGCAUUUCUACGAGUAAGUAUUGAGACUCGUGCUGUCAUGGUAGUGACAGAAAUACAAAAAAGACAAUUUUUUUGCUUAUCAUCCUAUAUAUUUUGGCAUUUGUUGAUGAUGAACCAUAUAGGUUAGUAUAUUUGGUUGUCUGUAUUCUGAGAUUUACAUAACGAUUGAAGAGACGGCCAUACCUAGUGUUUGUUUUGGAAGGUUCAUAGUUUAUUAUAGCUCUGAAUGAUCGUUACAAAAUGUGUAACUUUAUAUCAGAAAUCUUACCCAGACAGUUUAUAUCGUUCCACUGGCAUUGUAUUUUACUAAUUUUAAUAAUAUUACACAAUGAAAUUAACCAGAUCUGUUGGCCGCCCCAAUAAGUAAAGCAAAACUUAAUCACAGUAUCUAUUAUACUUUUUUUAAAACAGGUGAAUGAUUUAAGGAACGGUAUUAAUAACAUCUUCCAUAGACAGUGGAACCAAAUAUUAUUCAAAAUACAUUGAAUAAGGAAACUUUAAGUGUUUUGUAAUAUAUGUUUCGGUAAAUUUAUUGGUAAAAAUUAGAUGUUCUAUUUGCUAUGUUUUGAUAUUGUGAAAAUGUAACUUUUUACGGGAUUGUUUAAGUCGAUGUUUAUAUAUAACAAGAUUAUAUUAACUGAUUGGAUGUAAAUACAUCAGAUCAGUCGUUAUGUAGAAUUUAUAACUGUAUUCUAAGGAAAUUUAUAAUCCUAAUUUAAUCAUGUUCAGUAAAAGUAAAAUAAGCUUAUCUUUAACUUUACUGAACACACAAUUAACGCAGUGAAAAGUAUUCGCUAUCUAUACCGGAGAAAAUAUCAUCUGAAUUCAAAGUUUUAUAUAAUCAACAUAUCUUAGCCUAUUUUAUACUAUCAAAAUAAAAUAUCUUUAAGGAAUUAUUUUAUGUUUAAUCAGUCUUGUGUUAUUGUAGUAAGAUUAAAAGUUUAUUAAAAACUAGCGGAAUUCAAAUUAUAUUUAUUUGGAAUCUAAAGAACAAAGAUGAAGAGUUUAUGUCUUCUUUUUUUUUUGCAGAGCAUAAACGAUUUUGAUAUCU